AGAAUCUACACUUCUGUUCAAUCAUAUACACUCACAUUACUACACAAGCUAACUUGUGAUCUAUACAUCAUCAUGGGCUGGUUUAGCUGGGUCUGGGACUGGCUGUCCUACUUGGGCUUGUCCAACAAGACAGGUAAGCUCUUGUUUCUUGGACUUGACAACGCCGGCAAGACAACGCUGCUCGGCAAGUUGGCCACCAACCAAGUCCACGUGCACCGCCCCACCUUCCAUCCCAAUGCCGAGGACCUGACCCUCGGAGGCAUCAAGCUGAAGACGAUCGACAUGGGUGGCCAUCUGCAGGCACGUCGUCUGUGGAAGGAUUACUUCACGAAAGUUGACGGUGUCGUGUUCAUCGUGGACGCAGCCUCACCCGUGCGCUUCCCAGAGGCGAAGCAGGAGCUGGACAUGCUGCUGCAGUCGGAGGAGUUGGCCAAGACUCCCUUUCUCAUCCUCGGCAAUAAAAUUGAUAUGCCCGGAUGCACCUGCUCCGAGGGCCAGCUCGUGGCAGAGAUGGGCCUGGACGGUGCGCUGACUGGCAAGGCAACAAAGGUGACUGACCCCAACGUGCGCCCCUUGGAGGUGUACAUGUGCAGUGUGGUGAAAAAUGUUGGUUACGGCGACGGCUUCCGCUGGCUCUCGCAGUAUCUGAAGAAUUCGCAAUAA